AGCACAUCUUCCCGGAGCAAGGAUGGAGCCACAGGAUGAGCUCACGAAGGAAGGGAGGCUGACGCUGGUGCUUGCCCUGGCCACGUUCAUAGCUGCCUUUGGGUCGUCCUUCCAGUAUGGGUACAAUGUGGCCGUUAUUAACUCCCCUGACGAGCUCAUGAAAGAAUUUUAUAACGAGACCUACUAUGAUAGGACCAGUGACUACUUGAGCGACUUUUCCUUGACUCUGCUGUGGGCUAUUUCUGUGUCCAUGUUCCCGUUUGGAGGCCUCAUCGGAUCCCUCAUGGUCGGUGUCUUGGUGAAUAAAUUUGGCCGGAAAGGGACCUUGCUUCUGAACAACAUCUUCUCCAUUGUGCCCGCGAUCUUAAUGGGGUACAGCAAGGUUGCCAGGUCAUUUGAGAUGAUCAUUUUGUCCAGACUGUUGGUGGGCAUAUGCGCAGGUCUGUCUUCCAACGUUGUUCCUAUGUACUUAGGGGAGAUGGCCCCCAAGAACCUGAGGGGGGCUCUGGGGGUGGUGCCCCAGCUCUUCAUCACCGUGGGCAUCCUCGUGGCCCAGAUCUUAGGCCUUCAGAACAUCCUCGCAAACAAGGAAGGCUGGCCGAUCCUCCUUGGGGUGACUGGGAUCCCCGCAGGUCUGCAGCUUCUGCUGCUGCCCUUCUUCCCCGAGAGCCCCAGGUACUUGCUGGUUCAGAAGAAAGACGAAGAAGCCGCCAGGAAGGCGCUGAGGAGACUGCGCGGCUGGGAGGACGUGGAGGCUGAGAUGGAGGAGAUUCGGCUGGAGAACGAGGCGGAGAAGGCUGCUGGCUUCAUCUCCGUGGUGAAGCUGUUCAAGAUGAGGUCCCUGCGGUGGCAGCUCAUCUCCAUCAUCAUCCUCAUGGGCGGCCAGCAGCUGUCGGGAGUGAACGCGAUCUACUACUACGCAGGCCAGAUCUACCGGAACGCUGGGGUGGGAGCCAGCGACGUCCAGUAUGUGACGGCGGGCACCGGGGCUGUCAACAUGGUGAUAACCAUGUUAGCUGUGUUCGUGGUGGAGCUCUUGGGGCGGAGAGUCCUGCUCCUCCUGGGCUUCUCCAUCUGCUGCACCUCCUGCUGCGUGCUGACCACCGCCCUGGCUCUGCAGGACACAGUGUCCUGGAUGCCGUACCUCAGCAUCGCCUGUGUCUUCGCCUACGUCAUAGGACAUGCCCUUGGGCCCAGUCCCAUCCCCGCGCUGCUCAUCACCGAGAUCUUCUUGCAGUCCUCGCGGUCCUCGGCCUUCAUGGUGGGCGGCAGCGUCCACUGGCUCUCCAACUUCACCGUGGGUUUGCUCUUCCCCUUCAUUCAAAAGGGCCUUGAAGCUUACAGCUUCAUCAUCUUUGCUGCGAUUUGUCUGCUCACCACCAUCUACGUAUUCCUGGCUGUGCCCGAGACCAAGGCCAAGACGUUCAUGGAGAUCAAUCAGAUUUUCGCCAAGAUGAACAAGAUGUCAGAGGUGUACCCAGAAAAGGAGGAACUGAAGGAGCUCCCGCCCUCCACCUUGGAGCAGUAA